AUGGAAAGGGGUUCAUAGAAAUUUUCCCUUUUGUUGCCUUUUUGUGCCGUUUCAUCGGCCAUUAUGCACCGUUUUUGCUGCCUCUCCCUUUUCCACCAUUUCUUGAGCCUUCAAGAUCCCAAAAAAAUUGGAAGGGUCCAUAAAGGGAAUCAUUUUGUUCUUAUUCUGCAGCUUUUUUGCAGCCUUUCUGAUGCUUUUUUUGAGCUUCUCCCUUUUAGCAGCCAUUAACCACCAUCCCGAGUCAUAACUCCACGAAUUUUGGAGACGUAAAUAUUUUUUAGACAUAAAAAACUUCGAAAACUUUCAAAAAUAGUCAUCAUAAAAAAUCGAUCGAACCUAUACCUUUUUUCAUUUGUAGAUGAAAACACGCACGAUCAAAAUAACAUUGAAGCUUCAAUUUAAAGCGAACUUUUGAAAAAGUAAUGUCGUUUAUUUUGACUCGAGGAUUUCUCACAAAUCGGUUUCAAAAAUGGUUUUUAUAAAAUCCCUUCGAGAAACUGAUUUUUUGGCUCUCACAGCUUCAUGUAUUCAAAUUUUGCACCUUAGGGGCAAACAAUUGGAGAAUUUCGUGGCUUUUUUUGACCAUUUUGCAUAAUUUUGUUAUGAUUGUUGUUAUUUACAGAACUUUCAGGCUUUUAACAAUUCAUUUUUGAUUUUUAUUGACAUUUAAAUUCCAUUAUUUUUUAUUAUUAAGUGCAGAAAACGAGAAGAAAAAGCGGUGAUUUUGAAAAUUAGUGGUUUUUUUGGUCCUUUCGCAUGCUUUUUUAUGUUUUUUGUGAUUAACUGAACUUUCAGGCUUCAUUAUGAUAUCCUUGAUUUUUUAUUGAUUUUUUAAAAUCAAUACUAUCGAUUUUUCAUUGCAGAGAACACGUCGGACGCGGAUAUAAUUCGCUUGGAAGCGUUCCAAAAGGAGAAUAUCCCCCACGGCGGCCUUCUGGAGGUCUACAACGUGCCCGAAUUCGCCAGAAUCAUCGUUUGUGGUCAGUUUUUGAUCAUAAGGCCGGCUUGAUCCAUCGAAAAUGGGUCCUGACACGAAUUUCAAAAAAAAAAAAGAAAGAGAUAUUAUGUGGUUGAUGGAGAGGGCAGACAGGCCACGCCCAUAAGUAUCCGUUAAAUUUGAUUUUGAGGAGUUAGAAAUUAUUUUAAUUUAAAAAGCUUAUGAAAAAUUUUUUUCAAAGUGUGAUCAAAAUGGAAUUGAUUGCUCGAACUCAUUUUGAGAAAUUUUCAAAGAUAUCGUGAAACAGGAAUGAUCGCUAUUUUUGGAGGAGUUAUUUUGAUGAAAAAUUUCUUGUGAAUAACUAUAAUUUUUGGCUUCCUUGGGCCAUUAUUAGAGCGGGGCAGGGGGCGGGACGCGUAGCGUGUGCGUUCGCGGUUAUUGGCACGAGUUCAACUCAACCGACAUCGACUCUUUGAAAAGCCCGUUUUUCGCUUUUUUCAUUCCUUUUUCAAUUAUUUAUUGAUUAUGUUCAUGAGUGCAUCAAAAAAUAGUAGAGAACAUUGAAAAAGAGCGGUUGCCGAGCUUUUUAAAUAGUCGGCGACAAUUGUAUUGAACUCGCGCCAAGAACCGCGAACGCACACGCUACGCGUCCCGCCCCUUGCCCCGCCUUCUUCGCCUAUUAAGUCGAUAAACAUUGACUAUAGAAGUUUAAAUUGGACUGAACUAAAAACACCCAUUUUUCCCAUCAAAUGCAGUUUAUUCCAGAACUGAAGCCCCGACUGGCCCGUCUUCUGACCAAAAACCUGCCGGCCUACCUGGUCCUGGCCGCGUUCCGACUUCACGAUGAGAAACGCGACGAGGCGUCGCUCACCAGCCUUUUUUCUGCGGUCCAUCUUGUCCUCAAAGAUACGCUCAGCGUUCGUUUUCUUCUUUUUUCCUAACUAACUAGGGUUGUCUCUGUAGAAACCACUAUCACUCUGUGGAUGGCUCGCUCUCUGAUUGGUUUAUCGCACCAUUAUGGGCGGAGCUUGAGCGACGACUUGACAUUCAAAAUCUGAACAGACUAUAAACCCCUCAGAAACCGAGAAAAAGCUCGUCGAAAGCUUCCCAGCGCGUAUAUACCCUCACUCGCAGCCUUUGACUAGCAACUGGCCGCGUGGUGUAGUGGUAGUGGUCGUGCACUGUCAAUAUUGAGACCAGGGUUCGAAUCCUUCCCCCGGAUGUCAUUUUUGCCGACUUGUAACUUUCCUGAAAUGCACUUCAGGACCUUCGGAUACUAUAACAAAAAUCAAAAUUCUCACAAUUUUCAGUUAAGAAGCUUUAAAGUACUGGGGAAUAUGGAAGUGCUCCUUCUAGGGAGACUUAUUUUAUUGGGGGCGUUCCUUAGUCAGAUUCAGUACACUUUUUUCCACUAAACUUAAUUUAAAUAUCGAUUUACAGCGUUCGCAUGAUCUCGACGUACUGUCGCUAUGGUUAGUGAACACUUGGCGGCUGUUCAAUCUUCUUCGCCAAUAUGGGGGCGACGAUCGGAACCCGGUAAUUAUGGCAAAUAUUUGAAAACCAAGCAUGGCUAGUGGAAAAUAAGUAUUUGAAAAAGAAGUUUCCACUUUUUGAACAAAAAUCAUUUCAAGAAAAAACGAAAAAAAAAAUCUGUACACAAGGCAUUGUGCGGAAAAAGUUGCUCUAUGGACAAAAAUUUUUUUUCUUGUUUCAUUUCAUUUUUUUCUGUUUUUUUCUCAUGAAAAUUUCUUUGUCCUGGUCAGAAAAAAAGGAUCUGAAAUAAUUUCUACAAAAAUUUUUUUGGAAAAAAAUUAUUACGGUAAGGAAUUUAGUGUACACCGAUUCUUGUCGCAGAAUCAUUAUUGAUUUUUUUCCCUCAAAUUGCAUUUUUUUCGUUCCUAUAUUUGAGAUUUUCGUGAAAUAUAGAUUUUUUUAAAAUCUCUCGUUUUAUUGCGUUGAAAAAAAGUGAAUGAAAAAAAUUAAAAAAAUUUUUUUUUAAUGAAUUUUUUUCGGUUUUUUUAUCUGGAAAAAUUUCCAUAAACCCUUGAAAUUUCAAAGUUUUUUUCCUAUUUUCAUAAGUGAAUUAUUUGUUGAGGCAACAAAUUUUGCGUUUUGAAUUCGAAUUGAUCAUUUUGCAGGAAUGGCAAGCGGCCAACACGGAGCAGCAGAACUCGUACCGAUUCAAGUCCUAUGAUGUCACGCCGAUCAGAGAUCAGUUGAAAUUGAGAGUCGAAGAGAGCUAUACGGCUCUGAUGAAACGGGCCGUCGAACACGUCCUCAGCCCCAAAAUUGGUGAGUUUAUUCGAAAAAAAAAAUUAGAAUUCCGUGUAAAAUCUUCAUUCCGUGUAAAAUCUUCACUCGAAGUGGUCGCUCUCCUUCUGAGGCUUCCACCUAGAGCACGGUCUCCGGGCUCCAGCUCAACAUCCACUACAUUCCGAGCUCGUCAAGGCGCAACUGGAUGGACUACGCGCAGAAGGACAAGACGAAGGACCGUAAGAACAUGCUUUCAACUCUUUCGACUACACGUUUGGACUUCUAGCUCGCCAAAGGCGGUUGUUCGUUAUAGCUUUUUAAAGUUCUUGUUCACCGUCUAGUCGAUUACAUCGGACUAAAACAACAAAAUAAAUGAUUUGAUUGAUUUGAUUGAUUGAGAAUCAAGAAAAAUAGAGUUUUCACAGCGUCAAUCAAAUAUUCUGAACUUUUUUUCUCAAGAAACAAGCUUGAAACUGCUUUGUGAGGAAUCAUGGGGUCGAGAUAAAUAACAUUACCUUUUCAAGAGUUUAAUAUUACAAUAUUACUUUGAUGAAGUGGAUAUUCGUGUGAAUAAUUAUAUACUUUCAAAGAAAGACCUUCAUAUAUACAGUGUUUGAAGUCACUUUACGGCUUCUUCAAACCUUCUUCUUGAAUCAGAUCGUGUUUUCUGAAGUAACAAAGCAGUUCGCUCUUCAGUUUCAAAAGAAAUAAGAAAUUUCCUUCGAGAGAUCAAAUGAUGUCCCAUUUUUCAGAAACAGAACAAGGGGAAGUCGAAAAAUUAAUCAAAACGACCAAAUAUAUCUGAAAAUUAAGUAGAUGAUCCUCUGUUGUAUUUAUUCACUUGUUUUGCUUCGAGAUGAGUUUUUAAAACAUAGGCAAAGUCGGAAAGACUCGAUAAAGGUCCAGAAAAAAUGUUCCAUUUAGGGUGAUGAAGGCUCCUUUUUGCGCCAUUUUCUCAGCCCAUAUGCACCAUUUUUGCUGCCUUUCCCUUUUCCAACAUUUCUCGAGCCUUUAAAGUCCCAGAAAAAAUGGAAGGCUCGAUAAAGGGACCCUUUUUGCAGCCUUUUUGCAGCCUUUUUGCUGCCUUUCACCGGCUUUUUUUGAGCCUCUCCCUAUUAGCGGCCAUUAUCCACCAUUCCGGCUUUGCCCGAAAAGGAAAAAAAAGUCUUCCGGUUUCCUUUCAUAAUUUAUAAGACUUCUACUUCAAGUACUGGCCGUUUUUUGCUUUCGUUUUCUACUUCUGUAAGCUGAAAGAGAGCUAUUCGGUUGGUUUUUAUUUGAAAAUUACAGUUUUUUUUGUUUCGAUAUGAGAUUUACAAGCAAAAAGAGAGUUUGCCAGUUGGCUUUCAGGUAAUUUAUAUUUUUCUCAGUACCGGCCGUCUUGCAACACGAGAGCAGCAGUGAUCUGAUGACCAGCGGCCGCGAAAGAGACGUUUCGCGAGUUUCCAACGGCGACACUCCCAGACGCGGUCUCGACGAUUUGCUCCAAUUCGUGAGUUGAAAAUGAUAUCUUUUUUUUUCAACAUUAAUAUGACAAUAAGCCAAAUAUUCUGUAAUCUAUUGCAAAAAACGUUGUUUAAUUUUUUUUUCUGAUUCAUUAACUUUGUUCGAAAUUUUUUCUCAAAACGACAUGAAAUAAUUAAUUUCAAAGUUUUGCGUGGUAUUCUUUGUACUAUCUACAAAAAUUCAUCAAAUUUUCCGCAGAAAAUAAAAUGGCAAAAAAAGUUCACCGAAAAGGAUUCGAACCUGCUUCAUGCGUUCCACAGUGCAAGCCUGCUAGCCACUACACCACGCCACCGGCUGGCAGGCGAAGUUAGCCGCCGCGACAUAUUCCCUCCUCCAUAUGAUGCAUUUUUCGCGCGCAAACUUUGAGAUGCCAUAACUCUACUAGAACCGAAAAAGCGCACCUUUUUUCAACUUUAUUGGAAUCAGGGUAUCAUAAAGUUUAAAAUACCUGAGAAAAAAGACGAAAAAAAUCUUAAUUUUUUUCUUUUUUCCAGUUGGAUCUGGUCCACACGAAGCUCGUCACCUAUGGCGCUGAUAAUAUUGUCGUCGGACAGGUAAAAAUUGAUUUAUAUAACAUGCCUAAUUUGGAAUAUUUCCAGGUAAUCGGCCAAAUGACCAACUGGAUGUGCGCCCUAUCGCUAAAUCACUUGAUGUUCCGCAAGGAACUCUGCAAUUUCGAAAAGGCCAUUCAGAUCAAGUUAGUAUGAGAGAAAAUAUGCAUCGAAAAUCAAUGAUGAAUGAUCAAGUUGUUUAUUGAAGUAGUAAUAGCGAAACAGGAAAGUUUUGUAUUUUUUUCCCAAAAAGUUCGCUACUUUUUAUGGACUUGGCAGCACGCAGAAUGGCUCUGAAAAUGGAAAUAUGGCUUGAAUUGAACCGCGUCGCGUCCGCAACGCGUUGAUUCAUUCCAAAUGCGUCCAGAUGAUUUUUUUCGGAAUUUUUCAAAACCAUCGAGAUAACCACUUUGCACGAAAAAUCAUCGACUUUUUUUCACGAAAUUAUUGAUUUUUUUGAGAAUUUUUUUGGUUUUUCGAAAAAAAGCUUAUUUUAAUUUGUUUAAAAAUCUUCUUUUCAUCAAAAAAAGCCGUUUUCUAAAUUUUUAAACAAAAAUUAAUGAAUUUUUUUCUUUUAUUUUUGGACUUUGUUUGAGUGUAAAACAACAAAAAAAUACGGAUAUUUUUUUGAAAAAUUUUGAAAAUAAAUUUUUCUAUCUCAUUUUCCUGUUUCAGACACAACGUGACCGAGAUCCAGAACUGGCUCCAUUCCAAGGGCCUCGGAGAAUUCCGAGAAGCUCUGGAGCCGCUUGUCCAGGCUUGUCAUCUGUUGCAGGUUCCUUAUUUUCCUAAAAAUCCAUUUUUCUAGAUAUUAAGUGAAAUUACCGUUUCAAUGAGCAAAUGAAUAAUUUACAAUGCGGAAAAGAGCAAUUUUCAAUUGCAAUUUAUUAGAAAAAUGAUUCGGAAAUCUUUUUUAAAGUGAUUUUUUUUAAUUGAUUGAAUUUUUUCAGUAGUUUUAACUCUAUAUAAUUACCAAAUAUAAAGAAUUCACGGCGAUUUUUCGACGAAGCCACGCCCACUUUUUCUCCGUAAAUUGUCGUGUGUCUUGUGCAUACACUGCGUCGCUUUCGCGCAGAAAAUUGCGUUUAUCUAGAGAAAUUUCGAUUCGUCUCAAAGAUCUCUGGCAAUACGACGGCCUGCGCCUUUAAUGUGCCCUGUUAUUUACGCUCCUAAAGUCGAAAUCUCUGCCGUUCCCAUGACGUCACGUGAGAACGGCGGAUAUCUUGGCUUCGCCCCCUAUUUUUUUGGUUUCGAAUUUUCUUCCUUUAACAAAAACGCCGUGAACUCCUAUCUUCAAAAAAAUAUUUUCAAACCCUUUGGAAAAGUUUGAAAAUAUAUUAUUAUCUCCUUAGAGGCCUUUUUUUUGGCUUUCUGUUCCCUCAUAUUUCUGAAACUUAUCCUGAAAAAAAUCAUCCUAAAAAUGCGUAUUUUGAAUGUCGUUUUAAAGGAAAAUUGGUCCAAAAACUUUUUUUGGUUGAAGUUUUUCGAUCAUUUUAGCCCUAUUUUCCUAUAAAUUUUGAAGAUACACGGUUUCUGAGCUGAAAAAAGGUUUUUAAGGAAAUUUGAAAUUUCGAAAAUCUUUUACCAUUUUUUUUUUCCCUGCUCUUUAGUCCGUUACUUCGAAAAAAAAGCAAAAUAUUCAAAAAAUUAUAAUUGUGGUGUAGAUGAUAACCCCGUUUCAACGAGAAUAUCAAUAUUUUAUAGUGUCAAAAAGGGCAAUUGGUGAGUGUCAUCCAUUAAACAAAAUUGGCCCGAAAUUACUUUUUAAAAGCUUUUUUUGAUUUUUUUGAAGUGUUUUAUUAUUCUAUUAACGCAUAAUUUUUUUAUAAGGUGUGGAUUUGUUAACUGAGAGCGAUUUUUUUGGAAAGCCCUUUAAAAAUAAGUAUUUUUUUAUCUUAUAAAAAUUCGAAAAAAAUUCCCUUUUUUUGCAUUUUCUCGAGAACUUUUCCCGUCCUUUUUUUGUUCCUCAGAUUUUUCAGAACCUUUUUUUCAAGCUUUCAAACAAAUAUUUUCUGCUCAGUUUUGAGGACUUGAUCGAUUUUGAAGAAUUUUUGAUGCCCAAGUUGCGAUUUUUUGAAUAAAAUCUCAGAUUGAAGUUUCAAUUGAUUUUUGAGCGGUUCAUAGUUGACACAGAGCUUCUUUGGAAACCAGUCAUUUUUUCAAAAAUUCAAUUUCAGAGCCGAAAAGACGAGUCGAACUUGGACACGCUCUGCGGGGAGAUGACCAGCAAGCUGAAGCCCCGCCAGGUUUUCUGAAAAGAAGAUUUUGUCAUUCUAAUCUGUGGAGUUUGCAGGUCGUGGCGAUCCUGCAGCACUACGACCCCUCGGACGACAUGGAGGAGGGCAUCACGCCGCAGUUCCUCGUCGCCGUCCAGAGGAAACUCAACGAGAGGGCCGCCAAGAACAACGAUCCCGUUGAGGACAAGGUCAGCUUCGAAAAAUCAUAUCUGGCCCUCAAAAUUCGACUAUAUUGUCGAUUCACCGAUAGCUGGGGGGCGUGGCCUGUCUGCACUCUCCACCAAAUAGACACUAUCUCUUCUAUCAUCGUGUCAGGACCCUUUUUUGAUGGCUCAAGCUAGUCGUGAAUUUUUCCCAAGCCGCGAGGCAGUUUCUGAGGGCAGAAUUUUUUUAAAUCUAAAAAACUGGUCUCAAGUCCCACUUCGAACUAAGAAGCUUCCCUAUAUUUUUUGAAGGGAAAACAAUUUUUCGUAAAAAAGCACAAAUUGAACAAAUUUGGAAUGUUUUGUCAUCGAUGGAAUGAUGAUAAAAGAACGGACGCUUUUAAACUUCGAAGCUUUUCCGAACCUUCUUCAAUUAUUGCUUUAGGAAACUUCUGAAGUUAAUUAUUUAUCAAGUUUCGAAGCUAGAAACCUGAUGAAAGUAAAAUCAGGUUUUUUUUUCGGUCGAUUUCAUAUAAGAUAAACCAAAAAAAAAAUCGAAAUUAAUCAGCUUGAGAAAGUGCGCUCCCUUGAUAAAGUAUGUAAUUCAUAUUUGACUCCCCUCAGUACGAUCCUGAGCAGUUAUAGGGGUCCCUUAAGAGUUCUGACGGCGCUAUAGUGAUCACUUAACACUCAGAAAUAUACAGGGCGCCGUAAGCCCCCUUAAGUGAUCCCUAGAAAGGCUCGGAAACUUCUGGUGGACUUAACCAAGCUCCGAGUCGGUAAUAGAACCUAAGGUCUUUGAGCAUUUCUAGGGAUCACUUAAGGGAUCUCAGGGCGCUAUAGUGGUCCCUUGAAAUGCUCAGAAGUCUGAAAAAGCGUCAGCACCCUUAAGGGGUCCCUAGAAAGGCUCAGAAACUUCAAGGGCGCGUUACCGAGUUCCGAGUCUGAAACUGAACGUUUCUGAGCUUUUCUAGGGGUCACUUAAGGGCGCUCACGGCGCUAUAGGGGUCAUUUGAAAUGAUCAGAAGUCUAGAGCGGCGUCAGCACCCCUAAGUGAUCCCUAGAGCGGUCCAAUAAUUUUGUUUUCGUUAUUAUUUGGCUUUAAAAGAUGUUUUUUCCAUGAAAGUGAAAUUAAUAAUUUUCGAAUUCCCUUAGAAUUUUUCAGAUUUGAACGCUAGAUUUUUUUGUUCUCCUCAAGAAAUUCUAUUUUUUCAGGACGCUCUGAUCAUGAUGGGCACCUACCUGCCGCCGUUCGACACUCGCUCCUUCUCCUACAGUGAUUUUCCACUCGAGACCCUCAGUCUUCCCAGUUGUCUCCAUUUGAACAAUGUCUGUCGUCUUGUAUAA